AUGAACUUAGCAUGCCAUGCAUUAGCAGCUUGCAUUUGUUCAGGCUGGUCUGGAGAAUUCAGUUUUGCUCGCUGUUGUCUUGUUGAAAAUGCAGAGUGCUGGGGUGGCACCUUCACCUACGAAACCUGCUGCUUGCACGCCUCUUUGCUGUCGGACGCAGAUGUCACAGCGUUGCAGAAUCUGACCAACAAUGAUUUCGACUGCGGAUGCUCUCGUCCCGAUCUGGGGCCGCCAGCGUUUCAGGGUGGUUCAUUCACAUGGUGCAAGUUUCGUCAAGCAGUGAUGCUGAAUCAGGAUUUGCGGCCCUUCUACAUGCCCUUCCUGCAGCUCUCGGUGGCGACGCUUGCUGCUUGCCCGUUGGGAGCACUUUCCAUGAUGCUGCUGGAUGCAUCGCUGAAGAUGUCCAAUUCGAAGGUGCCGCCUGAUCUGCAGAAGAUGCCAAGCUUUCUGAGGGCGCGGGAGAUGAUGCGAGAGCUGAUUGGAUCCGAGUUGUCCCUAGUGGGCCUGGCAACUUCUGGCUGGAUGCUCUUCAACCAGAUGAGCAACCUACGUGGAGCCGUGCAGCGUCGGCUUGGCGCACCGGGCACUGCCCGGUGCCUGCAGCUACCGCCAGCUCAAACGCAUGCCGCGAGGGUCUAUGAGGCGAUGACCAAUGCUGUGAACUUCAUACCGUUAAGCGUGAGCACCAUCUCCCAAAUUCUGUUGGACGACGGUGCAUCGGUCAUUCCCUGCAGUCUCGCACGUGCCGGCCUGCUGUUGCUUUUGGCACAGUCCAUGCUGCAACAGACUGUCCUUCCGGAAGAGGUUGCGAUCGCUCAAGUCCCAGGAGUCCCUCCUGGGCCAGGGAUGGAAGCCCGCAGCUUAUUGCAAGCAGGGGAGGCAAGCCUUCGCAAGGCUUUGGACACGGAAUGCAAGGCAUCGGGGCUUCAGGCACUGGGCCUGCUGAUGGCCUCUCCAUGGCCAAUACCGGAAGUCCUAGAUCUGCUGAGCUAUCCUGGCCGGCUGGUGCUGCCAGUUGCCAAUGCCAUGCAAACCUUGUUGGAGCUGCCCCAGGAGCAUUCACUGUUAGAGAGAGCUCUGACAACGGCAGCCGGCCACAGCGGGAGCAACGCUGAAGCCAGAAGUUAUAUUUUCCGAGUAAAUCCGUACCGAGAGAUGGUCAGUGAUAUGGUACGCUACACGAAGCUUCCAUUUUGUGGUUUACGGCCAUUUAUGCGAAUGGUGGCAGACAUUGGCAGAAAUGCGUUGCAAGCGGGCUGUGCAACCAACGCCGCUUUCUUGGGGGACGCAGAGGCCUGCAAAUUCACCUUCGUCGAAGGAGGCCCACACCUGGGCGACUGCGCAUUGUGGGCAUCUGCAAGCCUCCGCUUGGCUGGAGUGCAGACCAGAGCUAUCGCCUUCGAACCACUUCCGGAUGCUGCCACCCUGUUUCAGCAGAGCUAUGGAAGCAGAGUUAGAACCGGCACCUUGAGUUUGCCUGCAACCCUGUUCUUGAGGAGCGUGGUGGAAAAUGGCCUUUCUGCCUACGUAAACGUUCGAAAUGCAGCUCUUGGACAGAUGAGCGGUCAGACUGAGCUUAUACACUUUCGUGGUCACAACGGCCAGGAGCACUUCUGGGCAUGUUCUGAUUGUUAUCAAAUUGGUCCGCAAAUACCUUAG